AUGCAUUUUGCGUUCACAGACCUCUCCAUCGAGCUGGCUCUCGAGAUCCUUCGUUUAGCGUCGGCACCCGUUAUAGUGUCGGACGAAACGGCUUUCAUUGGCAAAUCCACAAAAACGUCGUACUACUCCACCGCCCUCGCCCUGGCCUCCGUCUCAUAUGCCAUAAGGCAAGUAACGAUGCCCUACCUCCUCCACACCGUCGUCCUCCGCUCUACCUCAAACGUACACGCGUUCAUUAACGCCCUCCGCCUCCAAGAGGAAUAUAGCCAGUGCAGCAGCCGGCUCCAGCUUGAUUACAAGAUGAUCCGGCACGGACUAUACACUCCUCUAUCCAAUAUUAUCCGGGCUCGAGAGCCUAGGGCUGAAUUUCAGGUCGUUAUCGCUCUUAUACAACGGACUCGCGCACGCCUCUGUGGAUUUCGCGCAAGAGUGGAAGUGUCGACGCGUUACGCUGGCUGGGCCCAUGGUGAGGUGGAAGCCAUUGACGUCUACGCCCGAGGGGUUGGCGUUUUUAGGGCAAAUUACGCAUUUGACGCUUUGGAUUCCCGAACAUUCCACCUUUUCGGGGUUCCCUCCGCCUGCUUCUGA